AUGACGCGCUUGGCGCGCCUCUUGACGCGAUGGGACGCGUCCCAUCGUCGUGGAGUGCGCAUCAUGGCAGGGCUGCAGAAGGCUGCAGCUAGAGAGAGCGCCCAAGAGAAGCAGAAGGAGGCACAGGCCGCGCAGCAAGCCUUGCGGCAAAAGCGAGCUGCAGAGGCAGAAGCAAGGUCCCUGGAACGGGCCGCAGCCAAGCGCCAGCGGGAAGAGCACCGAAACCGCUGGAAGUGGCUCAAUCGCAAGGACAUCACCAUGGAAGAGCUGCUGCACUCGAAAGCCACCGAGCACCUGCUCGCGCCCCCGGCGACCGUGACCGCGACCGCGCGCGGCGCACCGCGGAGCCUCCCGCGGCGCCCGCGACGGGUCGCGCGCGACCUCCACCGGUGGGUCGCCGGCGGCGCGUGCCUGGGCGCCGUCUCCGGUGUCUCGGGUGCCGUGCGAAGAGGGCGGUGCGGCCGAGGUGUGCGAAAGGUCUGGGUGCUGGCGGUGGAAGGAGGAAAAGGAGAUGAAGAGGAAGAAGCCCGAGAGCUUUGGCAAAAAGCCUAUGCCAUUGAGAUCGAGCGAAGCCAGCGACUGGAACCGAGCUCCGCUUCCGGCGCCGCUUCCAGCGCACCGGGUUCCAGCGCAUCGGCGGCCGAAUGGCAAGCGGCCUACGAGGUGUUGAAGGCCAAGAACCUGGAGCUGGAACAAGAAGCGGUGGCCCGGCGGCGCCGAAACCUCGAAACGGAGGCCGCCGCGUCCUCGGCGGCCGCCACGGAGACGGCGGUAGCGCCGGUACCUGAGACGGCUCCGAAGGACUUUGCUGAACCCCGAGACCUGGAAGCCGACGAACGUCCGAAAGUUCUCACGAUCCUCGAUUUGCCAACGAUCGAAAUCGAUUCUCAGCAGCUGGCGGACGUGGCGCGUUUUCGCGACGCGCUGGGCCCCGGCACGCUGCCGCUGCUGUCGGCGCUCUUCGAGGAGGCGCGGGGGGAACUCCCGCCGCCCGGAGACGUGCGCGAUGCCCUGGAGCUGCCGGGCAGCGGCUUCACCGUGACCGGCAAUCUGAAUGUUGGCCGCUGUGUGGUGGUUCGAGGCUUGCUGGCGCGUGACGUGGGCGGUCGCGGCACGCCGCGCUCCUUCGUGGAGCAGCGACAGGCCUCGCUGGACCAACGCUAUGGGGCAGGGAAGUAUGUGGUUCUCCUCCAACGGGAGCGGCCUCCGCCGGCGCCGGGCCUGAGCCUGUGGCCCAAGGGGCAAUUUGACCCGGCCAAGGUGGACUCCGCGCAGAAGGAGUGCUCCGCUGCGCUCCUGGUGUUUCGGGCUUCAGACCUGCCAAUCGAAGACAGUUCCAACAAUUUCAGGCGGCUGCUGAUCGGAGCCUCGCUGGCAGCCACGGCCUCCUUCUGCAACAUCAUCGCUGCGGCGGUGGGUUCGUUGAAUGGCGAACGAAGUGAUCUGCUUCUGAAUAAGUCUGUGGAGGAGGUGACCUACAGUCCAAUGCUGGGCGUCGCCGUGACGCGUCUGGACGCCGAUGGCGUGGUGCCCGUGGGCGUGGGGCUCUUCCUCAUGCUCUUCGCGCAGGGCUUCGCGCGGAAGCAGGUGGCUGAACUGAACGAUGCGAAAAUCCGUGGAGGAUACUUCAUCCCUUCUUCCAGCUUGGGAACUCUGGGGCGCACUUGGGGCUUUGCCGGCUUGGCGCCCUCGCGCCGCACGGAGAUCGACGUGACCCUGGCGGGUUCCUACGCCGGGCUCUGCGGCGCCCUGGCGCUGUGUCUGCUGGGCGUCCUGCGGGGCGACGCCUCCGACGGGCUGCUGCUGGUCGAGGUGACGCGGCUGCCGCUGCUGUUGGCACAAGCUUUGGGCGAUUCCUUCCCCGACGAUGCGGUUCGAACCGUCCUGAGCUUGAGCAGUGGGGAAGCUGCAGCCAGUGCUCCUGCGAAGGUCACGGUCGACCCCCUCUUGCUCAGCGGCAGCCUGGCUCUCACUUCCCAAGCCGUGCAACUUCUGCCCUUGCGCGGCUGUGACGGGCACCUCCUGGCGAGGUUCCUGUUUGGACCUCGUCCGCUGCAAUUCAUCGAGUUGUGUACCGGAGUCUUGUUGCUCCUGGGUGCCGUAGGACGGCUCGGUCCCAAUGCCAAUGCCACGGUGUGCUCCUCCGCGCUCUUUGGCUGGGCGGCGAGAUUCCUGGCGUCGAGGGAGUCGCCCCUACCGCCGCGCGAAGACUUCGACGACGAACCGUGGGCCUCGCCAACCGCCGCGGCGGCCGCGGCGCUGGCGCUGGCAGCGGCCGGAGCGAUUCUCAUCCCCGGCAAGCUCGUUCCUUAUGGCCUGAUCGGCACGUCUAUUUAGUACAUGAUUGAUUGGUUUCUCGCAGAAGCUGCAACAGUCAGCUGGAAGAAAAAGGCUCAGACACCUGAACCCAGAAACCAACGAAUCAGUCAUUUGUGAGGACUUUGAGGCGCUGAGCAGGUGUGGUGAAUGAACCAACAAUGUUGUCGCAGCCCUCAAAACCCGCGACUCGCGACGGGUGGUUUUGACAUGCAAGUGACCACUGAGCGG